GAGCGGCUCGCAUCACCCAGGGCAGGCCGGGAUUUUAUUCAUCACCGUUCAAAGAGUCCCCCAAACGCGCACUACUCUGUGUGGACAGCUGGAGGAUAAUUGUGGUUGCCCUGCUUAGGAGGUUUCAUUUGGGAGGAAAAUUAUCGACGCCGAGGACUUGGAGAGGAGAAAAGCAGAGAGGCGAGGAUGCUCAGUGGGCAAGGCGAGAGAUGAGCAGUGGGCAUGGGGCAUCUUACAACUCCCAACAGAAAAGAGGAGCCUUCACUGACAUAGCUACCUCCCCACUCUUCUCCCCCUCCCAUCUACGUUUUCCCUUUCUCCCCCUUUCUUAACCUGUUGAGUGUUUGCUUUUUGCCUUCUCUCCCUCCACAUUUCCCAUCAUCUGUCACCAUGACAACCUCAGCCCUGCGCAGGCAGGUGAAGAAUAUUGUGCACAACUAUUCAGAAGCGGAGAUCAAGGUUCGCGAGGCUACCUCAAACGAUCCAUGGGGGCCAUCCUCGUCUCUCAUGUCAGAAAUUGCUGACUUGACCUUUAACGUGGUGGCGUUUGCUGAGGUCAUGGGCAUGGUGUGGAAGCGCCUCAAUGACAGCGGCAAGAACUGGAGACAUGUCUACAAGGCCUUGACUCUGUUGGAUUACCUGCUGAAGACAGGAUCAGAGAGGGUGGCCCAACAAUGCCGUGAGAACGCAUUCACUAUCCAGACCCUGCGCGACUUUCAGUAUGUGGAUCGUGAUGGCAGAGACCAGGGGGCCAACGUAAGGGAAAAAGCACGCCAACUGGUGUGCCUCCUCCGGGACGAGGAGCGGCUCCGCCAGGAGAGAAGUCAAGCCCUUAAGACCAAGGAGCGAAUGGCUGGUGGCGGCAGCGGAGGGGGUGGGGGCAGACGCACAAGUCAGCCCAGCAUGGCUGUGUUAUACGGAGAGGAAUUCAGCCGCUCAAGAGGCUCUCCGUCUUCCUUUAACUCCUCGUCCUCGUCUCCUCGAGCCGCCUCAGACCUGGAGCAGGCUCGACCUCAGACCAGCGGGGAGGAGGAGUUGCAGCUCCAGCUGGCCUUAGCCAUGAGCAGGGAGGAGAGUCAGAAGGAGCAGCGCUGUCGCCAAGGAGACGAAUCACUGUUACAGAAGGCCCUGGAUGAGAGCCGGAGAGAGAGCCAGUCAGGGACGUGUGAGUCUGCCAUGUUGGAUCUGGUGGACAUAUUUGGAUCCUCAUCUGAGCCCCCUCCCACACCUAGUGACCCUUGGAACUCUGCACAGCCCACCAAUAGCAUCUCUUCUGACCCGUGGGACUCUGUAGCAGUCCACUCAAGCACUCCUGUGAUUGGUAGCCCCUGGACAGCACCUCCCUCUUCCAACAACACAGCCAAUCCUUGGGCUCCUUCUACCAACUCACGCACAGACCCCUGGGAAGCAGGGCCUGGGUCCUCCGGUGCUGUCAAUCAUGCAUGGGACAGCCCAACAGAUGGAGACACUGAUGGGACAGAUCCAUUCGCAGCACAUGAAGAGGAAAAGCCUAAACAGGAGAUUCCUGCAGUGUCCUCACCUCAGCCUGCAAGUCCCACAGAUGCAGAGUUGUUUGGGACAAAACCAGAGUCUGACCUGUUUUCUGGCCUAGACUCCAAGCAGGAUCCUUUUGGAACAGAUCCACCAGUAAAACCGCUGGUAAACGGACGAGAGUCAGCAAGCCCAGAGAUGUUUGACCUGUCACGGCUAGCACCCCCGCUCAGUGCCCCAGCUACACGUGUGUGUCGGACUCCGGAGGCUUUUCUGGGACCUACGGGGGCCUCGCUGGUGAAUUUAGACACUCUGAUACCCCCUAACCCCCCUACCAAGACGCACAAUAACCCUUUCCUCUCAGGUCUGAGUGCACCAUCUCCCACUAACCCUUUUCACUGCGACCAGCCUCGCCUCACCCUCAACCAAAUGCGACCAGCCUCCACCUCACCGCUCCCCCCACAUAUGCUGUCCUACAGUCCGUCGCUGCCCCUUCCUCUGCUCCAUCAACCUCCCAUCCUCCCCUCGUCUCUCACACAACCUCCUGCUGGACUCCUGGACCUUCCCUCUAACCUCCCACAGCCCCUGCUGCCCCUCUCUCCACGACCAGCACCCCACACUCAGUCACAAACACACAGCCACAACCCCUUCCUCUGAGACUCCUGCAUCUUUCGAGCUCUAGUCUGCAGAGGGAGACAGAAUGGACUCUUUUUGGGUAAUCUAUGCUAACUAUAAUGAGACUAGUUUAAAUGAGCCUGAACUGGAUCCUGGUCUGAUGUCAUUGUGCACACUCGAAAUAAACUUGGACAGGAUGUAUUUGUGUCUGUGUAAGGACACAUCAGCUGCUAUUUAACCUGAACUCUUGAAGAAAAGCUCGCUCACGCACACACACCUAUACAUGCACUCAGGCGCACUUUAGGGUGCAUAGACACAAACAUUUACACUGCACCAAACUAACAGGGUGUAUCUCAACAGUCUCUCCAAUGCCUUUUCCCCCAUCAAAAGAAACAAGUCCAAGUACCUUUUCACUCCUGAACUAUUCCUUUAAAAGAUUGGGAUGAAGCCACACACUCUGAUUGUCUACGAAGAUUCACCAGGAUCCUUACCACUGCUGCUUCACCGACAAAAGCAUGAAUGCCUCCCACCCCCAGGAUUCCCAACUAUACUGUUCUCCUAAGCACCUGAGAAGAGCUCUUCAAACAAGUCAAUCAGCAUUUGAGUUUUCUGCCAGUUGAGAGAGUCCAAAAGUGUUACUGUAAGAUUUAAGAAAGCAUAGAGAUCAACUAAUCCAUUCCCUCUGAACAUAUACAUUAUAUUAUUAUAUAUUUUGCAUUGCCUUGCUACUUUGCAGUCUCAAUAACGUCUGAUCCUAAGUUUGCUCAGUUAUUUUAUCCUCCAAGAGAAGAAGCCUCAACAUGAUCCAGAUGGAUUCAAAACUGGACUAAUCUAGCCAAAGUUAGACUUUGCUGUCUCAACCUGUACCUAAACUGAUCACUGAUAACUUUUUGAACACCCCCACACACCCCCAUGCCUGUCUCUACAGCUUACCCACCAUGCAUUCCCUGCUGGUGCAUGUUGGCACCAUUUAUAUGCGGGGUGGGAAAUGAAUUUUCCCCAGGAACCAUGUGAGAAACUGGGACUGUUGUGGAGGGCAGUACUAAUAAGCUGAAUACAGUUCUGCUCAGUAAUAAUUUUAUCACUUUAUAAGCUUAUGGGUGCAGUGCUCCAUAACAGUUCCAGUUUCUCAUGUGGCCCUUCGGGAAAAUUAAUUGCCCAGCCCUGAUUUAGGAGGACCUCAGGGAGACUGCUCUGAGAUGAGAUUGAACCUUACUGAAUUGAAAAGCAUUUAACUAAAAAACAAACAAACAGGAGGAUAGGUUAUUUUAUUUCUGAUAAAAACAUGGGUUGAUGAGAAAACAUACAAGAUGAAAGGAAAAGGAAAGAUGGAUAGAUAUAAGGUGAAAUGAUUAUGGAUUACAGGAAGGAGAGAAUCUGAGAUGAAUCAGAGAUGUUUUGUCAUCACUGCACUGAACCUGGACAUGAAUGUGAAAUGCCUGCCAAUAGAUGCACACAGGCUUAGUACAUAUGUAUUUAAUAGAAUGA